AUGCAUGCACAACCGACUGGUCAUUGUCCAAUAUUAAAUUCAUGUGCAACAUCAAAACGACAACGAACUUCAUCCAGCACCUUAAGCGUUUUCGACGAUUCAACACCAUGUUCUUCUCCAUGCUUUUAUUCAACUCCUAAAAUACAAUCGAUAUCAAAUCAUCCUAUAACAAAUUUAAAGACACCUAUGGCACCAUCAACAUCAAAAACACGACCAGCUACACGUUUUAGAAAAAUUUUCUGGAUCAAAAGCGAAGUGCAAUAA